AAUUUGCAGUAAACACGCAAUACUGAAAUUAAACUUCUCUAAUUCUCAAAUGUUCAACUUAAAAAUGUCUUAAACCGACAAUUCAUCGUAUUUCAUCACAAUAAAAAUGCAAACUAAGCAGAGGAAGGUGGCUAUUAUGGGCUAUCGAUCUGUUGGAAAGUCCAGCCUUACUAUUCAGUUUGUUCAAAACCAGUUUAUUGAUUCCUAUGACCCUACCAUUGAAAAUACUUUUCAUAAGUCAGUGAAGAUAGCUGGUCAGGAAUACGCCUUACAGCUGGUUGACACGGCAGGACAGGAUGAGUAUUCCAUACUACCUCAGUCGUACUUCAUGAAUAUUGAUGGCUACAUCCUGGUCUACUCAGUCAACUCUCUUAAAAGUUUUGAAGUAAUCCAUUUUGUGUAUGAAAAGCUGCUCGACAUGAAGGGGAACAUCGGCAGUAUUCCCAUCGUCCUUGUAGGCAACAAGUGCGAUCUCACCAUGGAGAGGGAGGUGUCUACAGAUGCCGGCCGGCGUUUAGGCGAAAAGUGGAAGAUACCGUUCAUGGAGACAUCUGCAAAAGAACAAUUUACUGUAAGCCGCUUGUUUGAGCAGAUCAUCAUGACAAUGGAGAAAGCUGGGAACAUCCCAGAGAAGAAGGACUGUGUAAUCUCUUAGAUCUUAUUGCCAUGGAAAGAGCUAGUUCCCACUGUGUUGGCAUGGCCAGGGAUAAACUGUUGAAACGUACAAAGCAGUACAGAAAAGCUUUUUGUAAAAUCAUGAUUCAGUUUUUAUAUGAAAAUAUCACUUGUGCCAUGUUCAACCAAUGACAAAGUGUCACAGUGGUAAGUACAGUGACAGUAAUCCAUCAUUGGUACUCAACUACCUGCAGUAAUGACCGGAGAUGGGGAAGGAGUGAACGAAAAUUAUUGCAUUGUGAAUCGUACAAAGCAGUACAUAAUUACUUGUUUGAAAAUUCUUAUGUCAGCUUUUGUUUUAAGUAUCAUAUGUACCAUGUUCGACCAAUUACAGAGUGUCACAGAAGUACUGUGAAGGUAAACCUUCAAUGGUUUCGGAUGAUUAGGGGUGGAGAAGGGGUGAUUUUGAUUUGUUUCAUUGUGAUUCGUACAAAGCAGUACACAAAAACUUGUUUAGAAAAUCAUUGUCAGUUUUUGUAUUUGGUACUUCAUGUGCCUUGUUUGACCAAUUCAAAGUGUCACAGAAGUACUGUGAAGGUAGCCUUCAAUAGUUUUGGAUGAUUAGGGGUGGGGAAGGGGUGAAUUUUAAUUGUUUCAUUGUGAUUUGUACAAUGCAGUACACCAAAACUUGUAAGAAAAUCAUUGUCAGUUUUUGUUUUCAAGCACAUCAUGUGCCUUGUUUGACCAAUUUAAACUAUCACAGAAGUAUUGUUAAGGUAACCUUCAAUUGUCCCGGAGAUAUUGAUUUGAGGUGGGGAAGGGACGAAUUUUAAUUGUUUUUUGUGAUUCGUACGAUGCAGUACACAAAAACUUGUUAAAAAAUCAUUGUCAGUUUUUGUUUUCAAAUGUCACAUGUGCCAUGUUUGACUAAUUACAAAGUGUCACAGGAGUAUUGUGAAGCUAACCUUCAAUGGUUUUGGAUGAUUAGGGGUGGGGAAGGGGUGAAUUUUAAUUGUUUUAGUGUGAUUCGUACACUGCCGUACACCAAAACUUUUUAGAAAAUCAUUGUCAGUUUUUGUUUUCAAGCACAUCAUGUGCCUUGUUUGACCAAUUUAAACUAUCACAAAAGUAUUGUUAAGGUAACCUUCAAUUGUCCCGGAGAUAUUGAUUUGAGGUGGGGAAGGGACGAAUUUUAAUUGUUUUUUGUGAUUCGUACGAUGCAGUACACAAAAACUUGUUAAAAAAUCAUUGUCAGUUUUUGUUUUCAAAUGUCACAUGUGCCAUGUUUGACUAAUUACAAAGUGUUACUGAAGUAUUGUGAAGGUGAACCUUCAAUGGUUCCGGAGAUGAUGACCAGGGAUUGGGGAGGGGUUAAAUAAAAAUGUUUCAUUGUAAAUUGUUCAAAGCAGUACAGAAAACUUUAUGGUAAAAUAAUGUCACAGUCUUUGUUUUCAAGUAUAACAGCAGUACGGCUACAGUUAACGAUAAAAAAUUCUCGAGUUAAUGACCAUUUGCUAAAGUCUCGAACUCUUUAAAUGCAGCACAGAAAUAUUUCAUUUGUUCUUCUGGCCUUGUGCCAAGUUGUGGUCAUUGGUUCAAAUUGAACAGUACAACCACUCGAAUACAAUCAUUUUUAUUCGUGCACAUGUGACAAUGGUUCUGUUAUUGAUUAUCAACCUGUUAAGAGUUUCUGAAAAUAAAUGCUAAAAUUUAAA